GCAUCACACCCACAGAGCUCACUCCUCUCCCAAGAGAAAGAGGGGGAGAGAAAGCUGGACUGGAAGAAGAGGAGGGCCAGCGGCUUGCAAUCACACACACACACGGUGGCAGGAGAGAGUGAGAGGAGCUGGCCUAGGGUCAUUGCAGGAGAGAGACAGAGAGAGAUGGAGCCAGGUAUCCAGCGCGCAAGCAGAGCAGAUCGCUAAAGCUCUGCAGUCCAGUCUCUCUGCUGCUGCGGCACCGGGAGUUUAGCUCCGAGGAGGAAGAGGGGACAGGCACCAUCUACCCCGGAUUAACCCAGCGGGGGAGAAAUCAGCAGCGCCCGCCUGCCCACCGCUCGGCAGCGGGAUGAAAGGGCAGCAGGAGCCCGCAGCAGCAGGAGGGCAAAGGGAAGUUGCCGCCGCCCUGCCGAGGAGAUGAGUGUCCCCGAGGCUGCAGCCCGCAGCACCGGCAGGAAGAGGAGCGGGGCUCCAGCACCUCAAGCUCAGAGCUAACCUCAGCGCUGGGCGCGGAGGGGAGUCACCCCUCUCCGGGGCCGGCAGGGAGCCAUUCGCCCUGGGAUCCGGCUGUCAGGCGCUGAUCGGCAGGCAGAGGGCACGGGGCUAGCCCAGCCAGAGGCUGGGGGGAUAAAGCCGUGCCUAAGGGCAGCGUAUAAGGGGGUCGGUAGGGCACGUGCCUGGGAAGGGGGCGCAGCCCGUGGGGAAGACCGAGCGGUCGCACAGCGGGUUCAGGGGCGCCCAGCCCGUGCAGUGUGAGGGAGACUAGGGCAGCCCGUGCAGUGAAGUGGGGCUGGGGGGCUAGGGCAGCCCGUGCAGUGUGAGGGGGCUAGGGGCGCCCAGCCCGUGCAGUGUGAGGAGGGCAGGGGACUAGGGCAGCCCGUGCAGUGAAGUGGGGCUAGGGGCGCCCAGCCCCUGCAGUGUGAGGGGACCGGGGGUGGGGGGGGGCUAGGGGCGCCCCGUCCUUGCAGCGUGAGGGGGGCUAGGGAGACCCAAGCCCCGCAGCGGGGUGGGGAGGACAGCGCAGCAGCUCCCCUGCGCUGAGCCUGCAGCAAUAGCCCCCGGCACUCGCCCGCGGUGUCCCGGCGCCGGCCCCAGCCAUGUGAGGGAGCCCCACGGCCGCUCCCCGUUCGCCUCCCCCUGGAUGCGGAGCGCGGCCCGGGCUCCCGCCGGCUGCAGGCUGCCCCGCGCGCCUGGCUCCCCAGCCCCCCGCCCCGGAGACCCCCUGGCGAGCCCAUGCGGACUCCGGAGCGCGGGGCUGCCAGGCGAGCCGCCGCCUCCUGCACCAGGCCCGGGCCCCGCGCCCUGCUGCCCAGCGCCGCAGCAGCCGGGCAGCGGCGCGCUCCUCUCCGCCGCCUGCUGCUGCCCCGGCGCCUCCCGUCCUGACGUGGCUCCGCCGUGGCCUGGCGGCGCCUCCGCCACCCCGGCCCGGCCCGACAGCGGGGCCGCUGCUCCGGCCGGGGCUGCUCCGGCGGCGGCGGCUCCUCCUCCUCCGCGGCUGCUGCCGCCGCUCCUGCGGGGCCCUAAAGCCGCCCGCUUCAAGAGGAUGGUGCGGCUGGCGGCGGAGCUGCUGCUGUUACUGGGGCUCCUGCUGCUCACCUUGCACAUCACCGUGCUGCGGGCCAAGCCCGACCCCCCGCCGGCCAACAGCACCCACGGCCAGCCGCAGAACACCCUGGGUGCAGAUGGCCAUUCUGCUCCCCAAACCAGCUUCACAUUAAACCCCAAGGACAGAAGACAAUAUCCUGACCACCAGGCAGCGCACAGGCCAUUCCCCAAACAGCGAUUCAGGCAGGAAAAUGGACACACAUCAUUACAAAGAGAUGGACCCAGAUCCUUCCUCCUGGAUCUCCCAAACUUUCCUGACCUAUCAAAAGCAGACAUCAAUGGGCAAAACCCCAACAUUCAGGUUACCAUAGAAGUGGUUGAUGGCCCCGAUACUGAACCAGAGAAGGAUCUGCACAAAGAGAGCAGCAAGCCUAGCUGGCCAGUCCCAUCCCCUGACUGGAGGAACUGGUGGCAGACGUCAUCCACCUUGACUCGCAUGAGUAGCGGUGACCAGGACUACAAGCAUGACAGCACCACCGAAGAUAGCAACUUCCUAAACCCUCUUGGUGGGUGGGAUAGGCAUGCACCCAACCACCGGACUUUUGAAUCCAAGGAGCAGCCAGAGUAUGAUUAUAUUGAUGGAGAGGGAGACUGGAGCCCAUGGUCCAUUUGUAGCGUAACCUGUGGGAUUGGCAAUCAGAAGCGAACCAGAUCCUGUGGAUAUGCCUGCACAGCCACUGAGUCGAGGACAUGUGAUAGGCCAAACUGCCCAGGGAUUGAAGACACCUUCAGGACAGCUGCCACAGAAGUGAGCUUACUUGCAGGAAGCGAAGAGUUCAAUGCCACCAAGCUAUUCGAAGUUGAUACUGAUAGUUGCGAAAGAUGGAUGAGCUGCAAAAGUGAGUUCUUGAAGAAAUACAUGCACAAAGUGGUUAAUGACCUACCCAGCUGCCCUUGCUCCUACCCCACAGAAGUCGCUUACAGCACUGCUGAGAUCUAUGAUCGGAUUAAACGGAAAAACUUUCGCUGGAAAGAUGCAAGUGGGCCAAAGGAAAAACUGGAGAUCUACAAGCCCACAGCCAGAUAUUGUAUCCGCUCUAUGCUUUCCUUGGAGAGCACAACUCUAGCUGCGCAGCACUGUUGCUAUGAUGACAAUAUGCAGCUGAUUACUAGGGGGAAAGGGGCGGGCACACCAAACCUGAUCAGCGUAGAAUUCUCCGCAGAACUCCAUUACAAAGUAGACAUUUUGCCUUGGAUUAUAUGCAAAGGAGACUGGAGCCGAUACAAUGAAGCACGGCCCCCUAACAAUGGUCAGAAAUGUACAGAAAACCCUUCAGAUGAAGACUAUUACAAGCAGUUUCAGGAAGCAAGGGAAUACUGAAGGGAUUUUCCUCCUCAGACAGGAAAAUGGGGAUCAUUUUUAUAGAUGGUACAAAACUGCAUUUGCUGCAUUCUCUAUUUGAAAUGGGGUUGGUCAGUAUCUUUAGUAUGAGUGUAUAUAUUUGUAUAUAAUACAUGUGUGUGUAAUUUAUAUAUGCCUAUAUCUCACACACUCCUCUGCAUACAAACAUACACAAAACCUUUAAUGAUAGAAGCGGAUAUAGCAAUAAAAUGCAUUUUAUUUCAAAAGAAAGAAAAACCUCCAGGGAGAAACAGUGUGACUAAAUUCAUGCUGAAUAAAGAGCUUGAUACAGAUUUUUACAUCAGUGUAAAUCAGUAAAGCUCUGAUCCUGCUCCCAUUGAUUUUAAAUGAUGCACGAUUGGUCCCUAAUGGUAGGGUAAAACUAGGGGAAGUGAAAUGCAAAUCAGGCUCAAAGGUCCUGUACAGCAAAGCACUUAAGCACAUGCUUAGAUCCAUUAUAGUCAAUGCAACUUAAGCAUGUGCUUAGAGAUAAGCACAUACUUACCUGCUUUGCCACAUGGAGAGGUUUGGGGUUUUUGUAUCUGGGCCAAAGAGCCUAAACUCUCAAACAGUUUUUAUAUGUAACUUAUUUAAUAUAAACACAGCUGUUAAAAAUAACACUUUCUCUGGAGCUGUAUUAAUGAAAGUAUUUAAUGGUAUCUACAAGAAGAGGGGAAGGAUUGUUGGGAGGGAAAGCUAUUAAGUAUUGGAGGAGAAAACAGGUAGAAAUGCUGCAGAUCAAUAAACCAACACCCACAUUAAUCAUUCUCAGUUGAAGCUCCCCAUUGCCCUUCCAGUCACUCAGGUGUUAGCUGUACAUAGGUGGUAGGGUUUCCAGAAGAUGCAGCUGCCAUGUUCCUUUGGGCUACACCAAAAGAAUCUAAAAUAAGGCCUAGGAUUCUGCAAAGACAUAUGAAUGUGCUCAACUUCCCAUACUGUGAGUAGUUCAGUGACUUCAAUGGGACUAUGCACAGGGGCGGAUCUACAGCUAUGAAUUAUCAUAGCUCCAUGGAAGAGAAUGAAGUUAUGACAAUUCACACCAGUAGAGAAUCUGCCACACAGUGUGUACAAAUAAAGAAACGGUGUAAGUAAAUCUUUGCAGGAUCAGGGACUAACAGGCCAAAAUUUGCUGAGGCUGAAGCGUGGAGUUAAAAGGAAAAGAAUGUUGACCAAAAAAAACGAAGAAAUCCUGGUUAUCUUCUAAUUCCUACAUGUAAUUAGAAGGGUUCUGCUAUACAGAAAGAAGUGCACUUUUAAAAAAAAGAGAAACGAAUAUAGAGUUUUGAACAGAUUCACUGGGGUACAAUAAGUCACCUUCUUAAUUUUUUUUUCCUUCCAGCAUGUCCUGACUGCACAGUAUUAUACAGAAAAAGCUAUUCUUUAAAGAGUUUUUUGGAGGAAAGGGAUAAGGAGUUCUUCUCAGUGAUUUAAAAAGCCUGAGCAUUAUUUUUGUAAAGUAUUUAUUAAAAUGUUGUUAUAACUCAUGCAAGGGGUGUUUUUAACAUGCGGGGCUUCUGUAGCUGGAAUGUGAUGGCCAGGAAAGAGACUAUUUCUAGGCAAAUGUUUAACUUGCAGAUCUCUAUGAAAAAUGAAUCUAUCAAUAAAACCACAGUUAAACAGUU